AUGAAGUCUCUGGGUAAACAAUUUGGAAAAACGGAUCUCGAUCGAGUUGGGUAUUUUCACGAUCCAUCCUCGGCGCCCUUCGACAAAUACGAUGGAACCCCGGUGACCUUUCGCGAGGGUAUCGAAAAAGGGCGUCAAAUGCACCCCGGACCUCCGACACCCUUGUUCGAGGAGAAAUUCGUUCGCAUUUUCGUCGGGGAAGCUCUGAACGAACCGUGGCGAUUAAAAGCUGAAGAACGGUUGGAACGCGACAGAAAGAAAAUCGGUGGUCUCAUGCUGCCACCCUCGCCAGCGAAAAAACACGCAACCCCAGGUGAUUAUCACGGAUGUUUCGAGAAAGUCGCCUACUUCAGCCCUGCGCAGAGACCGGAAAAAAAGCCUGGACCCGAAUUGCCGAACGCAAUGACCAGACCUAAUCCUCUCGGGGGACCCGGCUACGCGGAUAUUUGCAUCAAUCCCUUUCCAGAAUACUCCCAUGAUCCAUAUGAUCCAGUAGUGAAAGAAAAAGUAAGACCCGUUGGUCGAUUUCUAUACGCCAGCGCGCCGCUGGAUUAUUUCCCGCCGCAUCCGUACAAAGACGACGAUCCAGGACCCACCUACAUACGUCCCGUGGAGGUAAAACCGAAAAUAAUAGGAUCUGGCCGAAUUUACGUCCCCUUUCCCAAAAAAGCCGGCGGAAACCAUUCCGGCUGCUUCGACAAAUUUCCGGAGUAUUCGAGUGAUCCUUACGAGAAGGAUACGGAGAAGGAGACGAAGGUGGAAGGUCACUUCAUUCUCGGUGGACCGCCCCUGCGAAAGAAAUACACCGAUAGCAUCGUAAAUCACGUUACUAGGAUAUCCUGCAACGCGACGAAUUAUAUGGACUAUCAACCACGAGUUUAUUCUUUGCGCACGGUGAAAUGCAAGAAGUAA